AUGAAUAAUAAUAACGAUUCUAUUUUGAAUAAUAAUUCAACAAUGAUUGAAAAUAGUUUAUUUUUAAUAGUUUUUUCCGUUCUUUUGGUGAUUGUUAUGUUUAUUGGGGUUAUAGGCAAUCUACUUGUUAUUUAUGUUGUUCUUAAUUAUGGUCGAUUAAAAACUGUAACAAAUACAUAUUUAUUACAUUUAGCAUUAUCAGAUUUUAUCUUUUUAAGUGGUAUACCUUUUUUUGCUUCAUCUCUUAUAACUCGUGCAUGGAUAUUUGGUGGUUUUAUAUGUAAAUUAUUUUUUCUUACACAAGGUGUUAAUCAAUAUACAUCAGUUAUUAUUUUGGCUUUAUUAGCAUUUGAUAGAUAUUUAGCUGUUUGCCAUUCAGCUAAAUCUAUAAUAUGGCGUUCACGAGUUGAUCCAAAUUUACUUUUAAUAUUAACAUGGAUACUUUCAUUUAUUUUGAUGUUACCUAUUAUGGCAUUUACAACAAUUCAAACGACUGCUUCAUCAAAAGUUCAUUGUACUAUAAUAUUUCCAUAUUCUGAUUCACGUUUACUCUAUCUCAUAUUUGUUAUAUAUACAUCAACAAUAACAUUUGUUUUACCAUUUGGUUUAAUGAUAUAUUUUUAUAUACAAAUUGUACGUCGUUUAAAACAUAAAGUAUCUCAACAACAUCGUCGUUCACGUACAUCAACACGUACACGAAGAAAAGUAUCUAUUUUAGUAUUAGCUGUUAUAAGUGUACAUAUAUUAUGUUGUUCACCAUAUUGGACAGUUCAAAUACUAACAAUAAGUGAAUUAUUACCACAAACAAGUUCUUUACUUGUACCAAUGUCAAGUAUAACACAAAUUCUUUUAUUUGUUAAUUCAUCAACAAAUCCAAUUUUAUAUGCAUUUCUUAGUGGUAUAUUUCGUUUAAGUUUUAAACAUGUUUUCUAUUGUUGUUUAUCAACAAAUAAUGAUCAAUAUUUACAUUCAAAAAAAGUUAUGAAAAGAAAUUUAGCAUUAUCAACAAAUAAAAAUCAAAUAAAUCAAAUAAAAAAACAAAAAAUACCAAUGAAAACAAUAAUAUUAAAAAAUAAUGCAUGUGAAUCAAAUUUAGCUAAACAAUCAUUAACAAUAUCAUCAAAUCAAAUAAAUAUAAAUUUAAUUAAUGAACGAAAACGAAAUAUAUCAGUGGGACAAAAUAUUUCAGUACUUAGUUCCGAUGCAUCAUUUGUUUCGGAUUUGUAA